AUGAACGGCACCAGUUCCCAGUCAGGACGUGUUGAGGUGGAGUACAGAGAAACGGAAGUUCGUUUAUCAGAUGGACCCACAAGGUAUGCAGGUCGACUCGAAAUACAGAAUAAUUCUGUUUGGGAGACAGUUUGCUCUGACCUCGUAGAUAACAAGACGGCAGUGGUCGUGUGCAGGAUGCUAGGGUUUGAAGGAGGAAACAUAAGUGUUUAUUACGAUGGCCGUUUCAAAAAUGGUAGCGGAUCGAUGAAAUCGCAUGGAUACGACUGUCAAGGGAACGAGACCGAUAUUGCGAAUUGCAAAUCAACAGAAACUAUCGUUUCAUGCUCUACAAGACUUAGCGCUGCAUUUAAUUGUUAUUCGAACACACCAAUAAGGCUUCAGGACGGGACGACGAUGUUUAAUGGAAGAGUUGAGAUUUACGAACGAGAAAACGCAGCAAACGGGUACUGGAGGGAAAUGUGUUACGAUCAAUUGACUAUCCAGGAUGCGAUGGUUUUGUGUAAAAUGCUUGGGCAUCCUAAUGUGCAUCCGAGAACAUUUAACGCGUACAGUCAAUAUAAUUCUUAUGGAAGGUUUUCUACAAUAAGCAGUAUUGGUUGCACUGGUAACGAAACGGACAUAAGUGGAUGCACACCCAGCAACCAAUGGGCAUUGACAUACUGUAGCACAAGCAAUCGUGCUGCAAUUAACUGUGCUCAAAAUUCCACUGUCAGGGUCGCAGAUGGACCUUCAAUAAAAGCUGGAAGAGUCGAGAUCUUGUAUAAUGGAACUUGGCUGGGAAUAUGUCGUCAACGAUUAAUCAAUUAUAAUUAUAACGACAUCACGGCACAUGAUAUAAACAUUAUUUGUAAACAUCUGGGCUACAAUCAAAGUGGGUACUUGAUGAGCGAAGUACAGCCACGCAGCAAAAGUGUCGUUCGGAACCUUGACUGUAGCAGUACAGAAGGGGACAUCUCAGAUUGUAAAUCUGACACAUGGGGUAUUGAGUAUCCGUGUGACCAGGCAGCCAUAGUAUGCAACAGUAGCGUCCGUCUAGUGAACGGCAGCAGUGAGAGAUCCGGUCGUGUGGAAGUGCUGCACCAGGGACGCUGGGGAACCAUCUGUGCUGACGAAUUUACAAACAGAGAGGCUGAUGUUGUCUGCAGAAAAGCUGGCAUACGACUUUGGUUUGAUUGGAUAAAACAUUGACAUUACGCAUUUAUGUUGUGACAUCAAUAGCACAUUUUAUCUCAUUAACAAAAUGUCAUUAAAAAAAAAGUAAUCCGAGAUAAUAGACGCCAGCAAGGUUUGUCAUCAGCUGUGUGUUUUUAUACACAUUUGAUUUCCUUGAAAUGAUAAUAAUUAAGGAAAUUCAUACAAAUAAUUAUUAGCGCUAUAUUUUUUAUUCAUUAACAGUUCAUAACAUUCUUA